UGCCGACUCCACUGUGGUUCAUCUAUCGAAGACCGUUCAGCUGCUCUGCCUUCCAGGAACGCAUUCACACCUCCAGCCUCUUCUUGAGCAGCCUUGCAUUCUGUGUGACUUUUCUCUUCAGAUUAAUGGAGAUGUGGGGCACAUCCCCAUGAGCAAGGCGGUCCCACAGUCACAGAAGGAAGCUUCAGAAAGUGCGCCAAUGAGCAAAAAGGCAUCAGUGCACAGUCUGGGCUCACCGCACCAGUGGCUCCUCAGCCGGAGUCUUACCCAGCUAACUCCCAGGGAGUUAACGAUAAUGACAAUCAGUAGCUCUCUCGUAUCCUCCAGAAAUGCCAGACCCAGCCUGAAGUCAGAGAUGGCCCGAGGUGACCCAGUCCAAUUUCCUCACCUGAUUUAUCUCUUGAAGCAAACCACAGGAAACUUUACUUGCUGCUGCUGGACUCUGAAAACAGAAGCUUGCGGUCCUUGGUGUAAAAGGGUUAUCAGCAGGAUGGUGACGCCAGGCAGGCUCUGCGGUGGGCAGCAGGCUUGUGGCUACGCUGGUGUAGGUCUGCCCUGUCACGAGGGGUCCGGAGGCCAGCAGUUCGCCCCGCAUGUGCAGGUCGUGGUGGGCCUUGCAGACCCGUGCCGGCUCACACUGCAGGUCCCCGACGGUGAUGGUCUUCGAUUCCAAAACAUCUUGCAAGACACGCGCGUCAACGGCGGGAGGCUGCCAGCGCCCGGGCGAGCCGCACGUCCCUCUUCUCCAGCGCGGCAGGUUUUCGAAGCCGGUUCUGGCCCUGCUGCACCUCGGGGCUGCGGGGAGGGCUCAGCCCGCUGCAGCUGCACCUCGCGAAGCGCUGCACGGCGGGUCCUCCGCUUCUCCUCGGAAACCUCCCCACCUCCUCGGAAACCUCCCCACGCGCCCGCCCGCAGCACGCUCGUCCCGUUCACGUCCUCGUGCGCGGCUCCGCCUUCCGCUCCCCCACCGCUGCCGCGUCGCCCACAGCGGGUGACCGCCCGGCCCCAACCGGAAGUAGCUGCGCCAAAGCCGGAAGUAACCGAGCUCCCCAGCUCCGCCAUGUGCGCAUGCGCUCUUCCACCUGCUCCUGCCUGGCGUCCCCGGCAGCGAGCCCGUCCACAAUGA